AUGGGCCGGCUGUUCGCGGUCUCGGUGGCUGCUUUAGCAGCAACGGGGUCUUUUCUAUAUGGGUAUGACUCGGGCGUUAUGACAGAUGUGAUUGAUUCUCCGAAUUUCUUGAAUUACUUCGGGACAACACAAACGUCGGCCAUCGUGGGAGCUAUCAAUAGUACCUUUUCGGGUGGAGCGGUGAUCGGCUCUUUGCAGGGGGGACUGACGAUGGAUCGCUUCGGUCGAAAGGCGACUAUUCAACUAGGUGCAUUUAUAUGCUUGAUUGGUGCUAUCCUUCAAGCAGCCGCACAGAAUCUGGCGAUGAUUCUUGUGGGCCGCGUUCUAGCAGGCUGGGCCAUUGGACUCAUGUCCAUGUCUGUCCCUGUAUAUCAGGCAGAGUGUGCCCACCCCCGAUCUCGAGGCAUGAUCGUAGGUCUAGCUCAACAAAUGAUUGGCAUGGGCUUUAUAGUCAGCACAUGGGUGGGAUAUGGAUCCCUUCAUGCACCAGCCACCAGUCAAUUCCAGUGGCGAUUUCCCCUCGCUUUCCAGGUUGUACCAGCUCUAGCUCUGGGGGUUGGAAUGUUCUUCUUACCGGAGUCGCCGCGGUUUCUCAUCGAGAAGGAACUUUAUACACAGGCUCGGACCAUUCUCCACAAGCUUCACUUCGACGGUACGAAUGACGAUUGGAUCGAAACAGAGUACAUUGGUAUUCGCAAUGCAAUCCAGACAGAGAAAAAUAUCACAGCACCCGGCUGGAUGGCGAUGUUCAUUGUUCCGCAGUGGCGAACUCGACUGCUACAUGGUGUCGCCGUGCAGGUCUUCACCCAAAUGACUGGUAUCAAUGUGAUUGGAUAUUAUCAAACAAUCAUGUACAAAUCACUCGGGAUCACGGGGAGCCGAAACACCCUCGUCGCAGGCAUCUAUAAUUGCAUCGGUCCGUUGGCGAAUCUGAUCUCUAUGUUAUUCAUUCUCGACCGGGUUGGGCGUCGUCGCCCCAUGCUCUUCGCCACACUAGCAAUCCCACUUGCGCUCAUUUGCGAAGCUGCCCUCAAUUCACAGAAUCCAGAAGGAAACAGGGUCGGAUAUAGCGUUGGUGGAGUAUUCUUCAUAUUCCUGGUCUCGGUCAUCUUCUCAAUGUCCUUUGGACCAUGCAGUUGGGUCUACAUGGCAGAGGUUAUGCCAAUGCAGAUUCGGGGGAAAGGCACUGCAUUUGCGGUCGGCAUUGGCAAUUGGGCUGUGGGGACUCUUUGGAAUCAAGUCUCGCCCAUUGCUUUGGGUCAGAUUCAAUGGAAGUUCUACUUCGUUUUCGUGGCGUGGAAUAUCUGCAUCUCCUUCCCCGUAAUCUUCUUCCUCUUCCAAGAAACCAAGCAGAAAUCCCUUGAAGAAAUCGAUAUGCUCUCUCGGCGCCCGAGUGCAUCUGGAGUUGCCAUGGAAGACUGA